GAAGGAUUGUUAUACAAGAAGAACCCCCAGAACCCUCUCAGACCGUUAUGAAUAUUGAAGUUGAAACCGUAUUAUAUACAAUGCAUUCGGAUCUCUUAGCUGUGUAUUUCAAUAAAGAGGCAACGUACCAGCAA